AUGUCUGAUCAGAUAUGGUCUUGUACGCCAGGUACUUUGGUUUGGUUUAAAGUACACAAUCGUAUAUGGUGGCCUGCGAAAGUUGUUGAUCCUGCUACUGCACCCGAUGAACUACAGUACUAUAUGAAUCGUAAGAAGCAUCCUAUUGCCAUGGUAUACUUCGAAAGUGAUAAUAAAUAGUAAGUUAAAAUUAUAAGAAAAUUGUAUUUAUAAAAUUUUAAUUUCUGAGUGGAGCGAAGAAGCUUAUGGUUUACAAAGAUGUUUAUUUUUUAUUUCUGUGAACAAUUUUUUAUCAGUAAUUUUACUCCAAUGUAUAAUGAUAGCAGUGCUUCUGAAAGGAAAUUUGUCUGGGGAGAUACUUAAGGGAGGUCAUUUUUCCCUUUUUCUCUGGAGUUUUCCCAGCAAAUGUGAAAAACCAGGAAAAAACAUGAUUAUUCAAUUUUUGAGUGUUUGUAUAUAAAAUUUUGUGGAAGAAAAUGUUUUUGACAGAUACGAUGCUUCCAAUUCAGGUGGGAGACAAGGUACAUGUCUAAGUAUUUAGCUAAAUCUUCUUAUGGGAUUAUUGUGAUCCAGUAAAACUUGGAUAUUUUCAGUUUUGCGCAAAGUUCACUUGAAGAUGUUGUUGAUUGAGGUCUGUAAAUUAUCAGUCCCAACCUUCUGAUUCUUAUUGGUUGUUAAAAUUGCUGUAUCGUCAGUAAUCAUAGCUGUCAUUGAGUUGUUUUUGUUAGGAAUAAUGGCUGUAUAGUGCAGAUAAAUUAUAGGUCUUAAAACGCUACUAUGUGGUUUUCUAGCCAAUAUAUUAUAUUACUCAAAUUUGCUUAUUCAUACAUGACCCGUAACUACUAUACAGUCAAGUAAGAUUCAAGAAGUGCGCACCAGGUGUGUGGCAAUUGUUCUCGUAGAUUCAUGACUAGUCUUUUAUGCCAAACUUUAACAAAAGCUCAUAAAGUCCCAGGAUUCAAACUUCCACGUACAAUGUGAACUACUUUUAACCAAAUUAAAACAGAACAAGGAAAAUUUCUUUUUCUUUUAUAUAAAUGGAAAAUGUUAGGUACACUAUUCUGUGAGUGUGUGGGCAGGUUCAAAAUAUCAAACACAUUCUCCGUGACAAAAUAUGAAGAAUGAAUAGUGUGGCACAAGAGUAUUUAACGUUUUAUUUAUUUUAUUGUUACUAUUUUUAUUAUUCUUAAUGUUCAAUGUUUCCACAGUCAUUCAUGUACUCAUUUAUUUAUAUAUUUAUUUUGUAGUUUAUAAUUUUGUAUAAUUUAUAUUAUAUGUAAUGCUGUAGUGGAGGGUAUACACUGUAUUUCUUCUGAAUAUUUCUAAUAAAAAACUAUAGGGUACCUGAAUAUAGGCCGUAUAUUUUCUUUUAAAUUGAAUUCAUGAAAUACAAUAUAAAAUAAUAUACUUAUAAUUAUUACUAUCAUUUUUAUUUGAAUACAAAAACUAGGACUAACAAUGUAAGUGUAUGUAUACACAUAUUAAUACAUAAUAGCUAGGUAUGUAUUAUGUGUUAUUAAUAAUUAUAAUAACUUAUUGUAUACCCUAAUUAUAGUAUACCCUCUGUGUGUUUUAUGAUUAAAACACUAAUUUUAUGUCUAUUUCAGUUAUUAGUUAGUUAAAUGAGUAGUAAGUUUUUAAGAAGUUUAUGUAUGUUUUUCACCAAAAAUGCCAUAUGUAAUAUAUAUAUAUAUAUAUAUGAAAAAAAAACAUCUAUUUAUAUAAGUAAUUAUAUUUUAUUGUUUUAUUAGUGAUAUUGUCAUUAACAUGGCCAAAGUGGCCUUAUAUUCAUGUUCAAAAAAAAUGGAGUUUGUGGAAAAAGGUUACUGUAAGUAUUCUGAUUUCAAUAAUGUACUAGUAUUGCUAUUAAUUUAAAUUAAUUUUAUUUAUUACAGCUUUGUAUAUAAGACAAAAAAAUGGUGCCAAGUUUCAGAGUUUAAAUAUGUUACACUUUGUAGAAGAUGUUUUGAAAUUUGAAGAAAAAAUAAAUGGUAAUAUUAAUAUUUUUGAAAUUUUCGAAAAAAAAAAAGAUCAUGCAACAAUACCUUAUAAAGAACUUAUCAAAGAACUUUUUGUUUCAUCAAAACAAAUUAAAAAAAAGGAAAUCAAAAGAAAAUCUACAGCAAGUUCAAAUAAUGUUGAUUCUUUCAUUUCAAAAAAUUCUAAUCUUAAAAAAAAUGUAUCUUCAACACAAAUCAGUAGUGGUAGUUCUGAUCCCAAAUUAACUUGUCAUUUAAAACCUGAAUGUAAUUUUACAACAAAUCGUUAUGAGGCCCUUAAACGUCAUAUGGCUUUAUGUAAGACUACUGUGGAAGAUAAAACAAAAAAAAAUGAAUUUAAUAUUUAUACACCGAAUAAGCGAAAGAAUAAAACAAAACAAGAUAACGCAAAAAAAUCUAAAAUAUAUCAUGAACUAUUGCAAGCAAGGGAUGAUGGAGAGAAUCAAGAUGACAUUAAAUCUCUAAAUCAAAAUGUAAAACCAGGAUGUUCAACCAGUUUUAUAGAAAAUAAGACUCUCAUGGGUUUAAAUAAGGUUUUUGAUCUCACUAAAAUUAAUAAAAAUGAUGAUAACGUUAUUGAAAACAUUGAUAUUCAAAGAGAGAAUCUAGGUCACAUUGAAUCUCCAAAUCAUAAUACAGAAUCAGGAUGUUCAACCAGUGUUAUGGAAAAUAAGAAUGAAAAGAAUUUAAAUANAAUAUUGAACUAUUUAAAAAUGCAGGAACUAUUGAAAAUGUUAAUAUUCAAAGAAAAUAUUUGA